GGGAUACGUACGCGUCGAAUUCCAAAUUUGAAAUUUAAAUUUAAAUUCCAGUGCCCGUAUUCGAAAAUAACAUUCGAUAUUUGAAUUCGUUCGCGUCAAUUAGAACGAAUUCGUUGAUUGUUUUUGUUUCUCAUUGUACUUACCUGUUGAUGUUGUACUAGUAACUGCGUAGGUGGAGUAGUAACGCGUACACAAAUCGAAUUGAUAUUGAUAUUGUGUAAUCGGUGUACAGUCGAGUGCAUUGGCUAUCAAUCGUGUACAGUCGCGCACAAAAGCUUUAAUAUUCCUUUCCAUCCGCUCAUAUAGACGUGGACAAAAGUCGUAUUGUCUUGUAAGUGCCGCGCCGAUUCCUGUAUCUCGUACAGUCGCGUGGAACACUGUGCAGUUGAGUACCGUCGCGUGCAAUAGUCUCCAUUGUGUUUGCAAUACAGCCGCGUAUAUUAAUUGCUCGUUCUUUGUACAGUCACGUGCAGAACUCGUAAGUACAUUCGCGUGUAGAAUUAGCUGGAUUUAAUAUGUGAGAUUAAUGCAAUUUUAAAUGUCAGACGGUCCGCCAAAGUUACCAUUGCCGUCCAUCUCAAAAUGCAAAACGCAAGAAAUGUGGGCCGCAAUGACUAGGUCCAUUGAGAUACUCGUCGCAUUCUUCGAGUACUAUGCACAGAGAGCGCAACUUGAGACAACAUCAACAAGCUCGCCUCAAGCGAAAUCGCCCGCCGGCAGCAGCGCAGGCGCAGUCGCCAGCGCAUCCACAGCACAGGGCGAGCGCACACCGACGGUGCACAACAAACAGCUCCAGAAUGUCAAGGGACAAGAGCAUCAGCCGCACCCAUCUAUGGCGUUCCUGCAGAAUCGCUCGAUCUCGCUCGUGGACAUGUACAUAGACAACUCGGAGCCUUCGGAAAACGUCGGACAGAUACACUUCUCCCUUGAAUAUGAUUUCCAGAACACGACUCUCAUCUUAAAAAUCAUCCAGGGGAAGGACCUCCCAGCCAAGGAUCUCAGUGGAACAUCAGACCCUUACGUUCGAGUCACUUUGCUGCCUGAUAAGAAGCAUCGGCUGGAGACCAAGAUUAAACGCCGCACCCUCAACCCGAGGUGGAAUGAAACGUUCUACUUUGAAGGCUUUCCGAUACAGAAGCUGCAGGCGAGGGUGCUACAUCUCCACGUAUUUGAUUACGAUCGCUUUUCACGCGACGACUCUAUUGGGGAAGUCUUUCUACCUCUUUGUCAAGUGGACCUUAGUGAGAAACCAUCCUUCUGGAAAGCUCUGAAACCACCGGCCAAAGACAAAUGUGGUGAGCUGCUGACCUCCCUCUGCUACCAUCCCAGUAACAGUGUCCUCACACUGACGCUGCUCAAAGCCAGGAAUCUAAAAGCGAAAGAUAUCAAUGGGAAAUCUGAUCCCUACGUAAAGGUAUGGCUGCAGUUCGGCGACAAGCGAAUUGAGAAACGCAAGACGGCCGUUUUCAAAUGCACCCUGAACCCGGUGUUCAACGACUCCUUCUCCUUCAACGUGCCCUGGGAGAAGAUACGGGAGUGCUCCCUCGACGUUCAGGUGAUGGACUUCGACAAUAUCGGCAGGAACGAGCUGAUUGGCCGGAUAUUACUCGCUGGUAAGAACGGGUCCGGGGCUACGGAGACCAAGCAUUGGCAGGACAUGAUAACCAAGCCUCGCCAGACCAUCGUCCAGUGGCACCGCCUGAAGCCGGAGUAAUCUGUUGCGAUCUCUUUAACCACACGUUAUCUAUUACGUCAUAAGACUGAACGGUUAAUGGGGAAUUAUAUGAAUUUCCGAUGCGCUUUUUCGAUACAGCCGGAGUGGGUGUGCCAAAUGACAAUAUUACGUUCUCUUCUCUGCUUGUUUCUUCAUUCGAUUUCUGUUUGAUUUGAGAUAAUGUUUGGUGUUCAAAUGUUUUUUUGGUUAGGUGCAAAGGCAAUGACAUUAGUCUAGUAAUUCGAUUCGAUUCGAUUUGUUAAAUGAGUGUUUUAUUAGUUUUCUGCUUUUUUGGUAUGAAUAGGAAAUUGGUAGAGAAGUAGAUAAAGUGAUAUUGUGUUUCUAAUGAAAGGAAGAUAUAACUACUUUUGAUAAUAUAACCAUCUGUAAUCAAUCAGUUAAAUAGAUAUCAAAUCUGCCCCAUACCCCACUGCGGGACAGGGGGAUUUCUAUCACAGCAGAAUAUCACAAUGUAUUGCGUAUUUAUUUAUGUUGUGUUUUUCGCGGGAAUAUGAAAAUAAUAUUAUAUAUUACCCUUAACGCAUAUUUUUCUUUAAACUUUACUUUUUGUGACAAACACAGAAUUAUCAUCACAAAUUGAUAUUUUUCACCUGAACAGCAAUUGAAAAAUAACGGUAUUGAUUUGGUAUUGAAGCUCUAACGUUAUAGAUAUCUAUCAGAUAUCGUAACGUUUUCGGUAUUGGUUUCUUUAUAAUUUCAUUUAAAGUAUUUUUUUUAAUUUCUUUAAAUUAUUUUACUAAAAUUAAGAAUACUUCGAGUUAGCAACGUAGUAACUAGCAGGGUCAGUCUUAAUACGUGUUUUCUCGUAGAGUUUUGUAAUAAUAUUAUUGAAAAGAUAUUUAUUGUUCAAUCGUAAAUCACACGAAUCGACAUUUUUGGAUGCGUUUAUUUCUAUAACACAUUUGCCACAUCCAUUUCAAAGUUUUCGUCUUUCAUGAUCAUGACUAGCUAGUGCUGUGCGUCAAAAGAGGUUUUAUAUAUUUCGUUAUAAAAAAAAUAACAUUAAAAAUGUUUGUAGUUUCACCUGCACGGCACUUCAUUGCUAUGACCUAAAUCUCUCUUACAUCUUUAAGAGCUGCAUAUUUAAAAACAUUGUUGGUAAUAUAAAUACCUUAUUUAGUUUUUCCAUUUUAUUUAAUACUCAAAGGGCGUUAUGCAUAUGGCAAUACUAAACAAAAAUCUGUAAAUGGCCAUGCCUUGUUUUUAAAAAUGUAGCUCUUUCAAUGAAUUAUUUUUAUCAUUAAUGUAUAAAUCUUCUUUUCAAACACAUUUAAUGAUAAAAAUAAUUAAAAUCUAUCUACUUGUCACACUGUCUACAUAAAUUGACGUUAUUAGUGUUGGAGAGUCAAUGUUAAAUUAUGGUUAGAAUUAUGUAUUUAAUAUGAUUAUUGUUAUUGUAGAUAAUAAAUUAAAAGUCGUUCGAAUCGCACAAAAUGAGUAGAUGUCAUGUUGACGUUUUGAAAAAUAAUAAUAUUAGAAACGUCAUUAUCAUUGUAUAAUAGUUUAUGCUCGGUUGCUCAAAAUGUUUUUUAUUUCACGAAAUUGUAGUGUGGUAUCAUCGAACUGUCAGAAAAUGGAAGCGAAGUUUAGUUGAAACGUAUUGAUCAAUUGUUAAUGAUCCAGUCUUUCUUAAUUUAACUAAAGCGAGAUAUGUUACUUAUAUAACAAUAAGAAUGAAUCGACAACAAUAUUUUGACAUUUCUGUUUCGCUUUUCGUGAAGAUACAGACAAUACAGACAUUUGACAUUUGUGUAUAUUACAAUGGAAUAUUUAGACUGUGGUCCAUGGAAUAUUUAGUUAAAUUCUCAUAAUUACGUAAAAUUUUAAAUUGAAUUUAGCAAAUUUGGCGAAAUAUUCUGAAAUUAUUGUCAUGUAUAAGUUAUGUAUGCAUACAUGAUGACAUACCAUAAGCAAUUUUGUCUCGCUCUAGUGAAUUAUGUUACUGCAUGAUAAAAAGAGAUGGCAUUACAUGGAAAUAAGAAGAUGGCUGUAGAUAAUGCAGACUGGCAGUUUUUUACUGUUAUUUACUUGAAUUAACAUAUUUUUUUUAUUUAUUGCAUUAUAGUUUUAACGCGGUCGUUUGUUAGUUAAAUUAGUAUCAUAGAAAGCGACCGUAUGUGAUGUUUAGUUCUUACAUAACAUAAAUUUGUAAAUAAUAAAAUCGAAAAACAGUACGUAGGUAUCGUUAAAUAAAAUGUGAUAACGAAUAUAUCCGAAACGAUAUCCAAAUAACGGUUAUUCAAAAAUAACUGUUUCGUUACUGUUAUUCGCAUCGUAAUCUAUUAGCGACCAACAGACAUAUUGUUUUUCAGUUAUAAUAUAAAUUAAUGUUUAUAAUAGUGAGAUAUUUAAGCUUGUUGUUAAUCGAUCAUUCCAUUUAGUUAUCAUCGAUGUUGAUGAAAGUCAUAUGAAGGUCAUAUUGUAUACAUUUGUAAAAGUUUUAUAGUGUUGUACCCGGUGACACGGAGUUAUUCCUAAUUU